AUGCAAAAUAACGAAAUAAUUCAAAAUCCAGAGUCUUCUUUAAUACCAUCACCAGUAACUUCACAAACACCACUUUUAAAAGGAUACAAAAAUGUUACCUUUAAACGUAAAGCAAUUUUUAUAAUCACAUUUUUAGUUUUAAUAAAUCUUGUUGCUUGGAUUAUUGCCAUACUCGCAUUUAGAAAGGUUCCUUCACUCUUUGGAACCGCUGCUUUAGCAUACACUUUAGGACUUAAGCAUGCUGUAGAUGCUGAUCACUUGGCUGCAAUUGAUAACGUAACUCGUAAACUUUUAUUUACCGGUAAAAAAUCGGUAUCUGUGGGUCUUUUCUUUUCAUUAGGUCAUUCUACAAUUGUUGUAAUUGCUUCCCUCGCCAUAGCUUUAACUGCUACUGCUGUAAAAGAAAAUUUUGGUGAUAUUCAAUUAAUAGGUGGAUUAAUAGGAACUUGUGUAUCUGCCUCUUUUCUAUUCAUUAUUGGAAUAAUGAAUAUUUUCGUAUUAAUUUCUAUUCAUCGUGCUCUCCGAAAUUUAAAAUCAACUGGUUCUGUUGAUGAAAUUAAUUUGGAUGUUAAUUUAACUGGAUGUAUGGGCAGGAUAUUCGCUCCUAUGUUCAAUUUUGUUGACUCAAGUUGGAAAAUGUAUCCCCUUGGUGUUCUUUUCGGUUUCGGUUUUGAUACUUCUACUGAAGUGGCUCUUUUAGGUGUUGCUGCUUUUCAAGCUAAUAAAGGUCUUUCAAUUUGGCUUAUCAUGAUUUUUCCCUUACUUUUUACUUCUGGUAUGGCUUUAAUUGAUACCCUGGAUGGUAUUUUAAUGUCGGAAACUUAUUCUUGGGCUCUUGUAAAUCCUGUUAAAAAACUUUAUUAUAAUUUUAUUGUUACUUUACUUUCCAUCAUAAUAGCUCUUGCCAUAGGAUUAAUAGAAAUUAUUAACAUUCUGGGUGACAAAUUAAAUCUUAAUGGUCCUUUUUGGGAUUUAUUUUCUUAUCUCAGCGAUAAUUUUUUUACUAUUGGUUGUAUAAUAAUCACUUCAUUUAUUAUUACUCGGAUAAUAGCGAAACUUAUUUAUAAAUUUGGUGGUUAUGAUAAAUUGGAAUUACAAUUUAUUCAACCAGUUAAUCAUAGUAAUGAAGAAAGUGAAAUAAGUACGCGUGAUGACAAUAUAGAAAUAUCAGUUGAACCUAGAGUAGUAAAUCAAAGUAAAAAGUGA